UACACACAUUAUAGGCCGGUAAUUUAUAUCUCUCCUUAAUGGAAAAGUGGGCUGGAAGUUUGGCCGUUGUGACAGGAGCGAGUGCCGGAGUUGGAGCUGCAAUUUCUACAGAAUUAGUGAAAGCCGGAAUUAAUGUCGUAGGUAUCGGAAGACGCGUCGAAAAAAUUGACGAAUUGAGCGAGAGCCUGGCGGACGCACCGGCAAAACUGCACUCACUGUAUUGCGAUCUCUCAGACGAGCAGGAGAUAUUAAACGCGUUCAAGUGGAUUGAAGAGACAUUAGGGCCGAUUAGUAUAAUGAUUAAUAACGCCGGUGUGUUACACCUUACAACAUUAAGAGAAGCCGACGUUGACAAAUUGAGGGACACAUUUAAAGUUAACGUUCUCGCGUACUGCAUUUGUCAAAGGGAAGCAAUCAAAUCCAUGAAAACUAACGAGAUUGAUGGAAUAAUAAUUAACAUCAGCAGCGUGAUGGGUUUAAAGGUGCCGGAUAUUGACUCGUUAGAUUUAGUAGGGCAAAAUUUGUAUCCAGCGACGAAGCAUGCGAUUCACAGCAUAUCCGAUACGUUACGAUUGGAGUUACGCAAGGAGUCUUCAAAAAUCAGAGUUACUAUCGUAAGUCCUGGUGCUGUCGCAAGUGAACUCCGCAGAGAGUUUUCGGAAAGUGAACUGAAUGAACGUCCCAUGAUGAAAUGCGAAGAUGUUGCGAAAACUGUCAUCUACAUUUUGAGUACCCCUCCAAAUGUUCAGAUUCAAGAUAUUGUAAUUCGUCCUAUAUGGGAAUCAAUUUAACAAUAAGGUAUUUAGUUUUAAGGUCAAUUAGCUAUUGGACAUUACGAGUUUGUUAGAUAAAUUGUGACUUAACCAAGUUGUAUGCAAAC